GCGCCAAAGUGUGUGUCACAGCAGCGGAUCAUUGAGACCUCGCUAUCCUAUCCGACAAACAUCUUCUGCGAAGUGGACGCCAAUCCCGAAAACGUGACUUUUUUCUGGCACUCGUCCGCUAUGGACGACGAGGUCGGCCGCCGGAGGAUCGCUAUAUCGAGCAAAGCCUUACGGAGCAAACUGGCCAUCAGUCCGCAGUCGAGCGCCGAUUUCGGUCUCUACACGUGUUGGGCCCGCAAUGCCAUCGGAACCAACCAAUUGACGCCCUGUGUGUUCAAUCUGACGGACAGCGGACAGAGUAUACCCCGACCGGUGACCGAUUGCCGUACGAACGCCGGCCGUCGAGCCGUUUACAUCCGGUGCGCGUAUUCGCCGCCCGCCUCACAAACGCAGCCACUCUUUGUCAAAGACACUCACUUUCAUCUGGAAGUCCGCGAUUCCCAUAACUCGCGGCUUAUCGUCAAUCAGACCAAUAGUGUUGAGCCGGUGUUCAACGUGACGGACAUGCAAUGGGCGCCCAUAUAUCAGCUCAUAGUCUAUGUGUCCAAUCCUUUCGGCGUUAGCAAUGAGGUAACAAUGAUGGCUCAGUCGGAACCGUCGGACGCAUCUCAAGUGCCGCCGGGUGUGGGCGCGGGUCAGCCGGAGUCGCCAUCAUUCAAGUCGUCGGCCAUCUCUCCGGACUCACAGCAACAGCAAACCAACGACACGUCGUCUUCGCACCGGAUUCUAGUGAUACUCAUCUCAUUGUUAACUGUGGUGUUGAUCAUACUCUCCAUACUUAUCACCAUAACUAUAGUGUUGUGUUUUUUGCGACAAAAAAGCAAUAAAAAGCGUAACAAACACAGGGGUAGCGCUGGUGGUAGUGGUGUCGGCGGCGGCGGUGACGUCGCCGGCGAUAGUAGCGAUGGUAUGGGCGGCGCCGGCGAUGGCUAUAGUGAUCAGUGCGGCGGCAGUGGUAGCGGUAGUACCGCUCGGCUGUCAUCGAAACAGUCAAAGAAAAAGUACAAAAACAAGAGAUUAUCUCAGAGUAACACAAAGACCAGCGACGACAGCAUAGCCACGUCGGACGGGUCGGCACAUCCCGAUGUGAUCCCAUGCGAUGGUGUGGUCUUCUUCAGUAACGAUCAUCACAUUAUUGAUGGCAACGAUUCGCGUGAUAACGGAUUCAACGCUAAUAAUUCAUUAUCGAUAUAUAGAGACAUUAUUAUCGCGGCUAAUGUCGCCUGUAAUGAGCGCACAGACCAACUGAUUGUUAACAAAAAUCUAUUAACAAAUCAUACAAAUCAUGUGUCGGUUAUUAAUGGCAGCCAUCAAAGCGCCAAUAAUAAUGGCAUCGAUAAUGUCCUACUCGUCCAAACCCAUCACAACCAGUGUUUGGAUACGUUUGUAGCCAAAUAUCCGGCCAUUGAUAAUAACAGUGAUAUGGAGAAAUCGUUUGCCAAUGAGUUUGUCAUUUAG